AGGAAGUUUCUCUUCCGAAGCGAGACUCGUCUCCCACUUUGGCCGCGUAUAAAAGGUUGGUGCGUAAAGCCGACAACAACACACACCACAGAGAUUCCUUCGACAUGACAUUCCUCCUUAAGGUCUUCGCCAUUACCCUCGUCCUCGCCAUGGCACAAGCCAAACCAGGUUGGGGCUCGAGCAGCAGCAGCAGCAGUUCUUCCAGCUCGUCCGGAUCUAAUGGCGGUUACAACAACGGAGGCUACGGCGGUCAGGGUUUCCAGGCGGGCUACCAACCCGGUUUCCAGUCGUUUAACUUCCCCGACUUCGGAUUCGGAUUCCCCGGCGCGUAUCCGCAACAGUUUCAAACCUUCGGAUAUGGAGAUUACGACGGUGGUUUGGGCGUGAGGCUCGGCGCCGGCCCCGGAGUGCAGUCCGUGCAAGUGGGCGCCGCCCAACACUCGACAGGCAACAGGGGCUCCUUCGCCUCGUCCAGCUCCAGCGUUGACGGAAACGGCAACAUCCAGUUCCAGGCCGAGAAGGGCACCUUCUAAUCAAAUUUAAUUUAAUUAAAAAAAUAUAAUGUGCGGUGCGUGCGUAUUUGAAUGAAUCUCACUCGAUGGUACAAUUUUAUAUACUCGUGUAGUUUAUUAACACUUGAUUCAUCUUGUAGUUCUCGGUGAUAAGUUAUUACAAGAAUAAAUAAUAAUCAAAAUAAUAAAA